AUGAAGGAGGGAACUGUGCUGUCGAAUAUAACUCGGGUUAACUCGUGGGUGGUGUGUAUGGUGGGGUGUUGGGUUUGGGGGUUGUGGUGUGGGUGUUGUUGUGUGGUGGUGUGGUGGUGGGGGGUUGGUGUGGGGGUGGGUUGUGUGGGUUGUGUUGGUGGGUUGGGGGUGGUGUGGGGGGUUUGUUGUGGGUGGGUGUUUGUUGGUGUGGGGGGGGUGGUGUGGGUGUUUGUUGUGUGGUGGGUGGUUGGUGGGGGUUGUUGUGGUGGUGUGGUGGGGGGUUGUGGGUGGUGGUGUUUGGUGGGGGGUUGUGUGUGGGUUGGGUGGUGGGUUGGGUGGGGGGUGGUGUGGUGGGGUGGUGUGUGUGUUGGGUGUGUGUUGUGGUGGUGGUUGUGUGGGGGUGUGUGGGGGGUGUGUGGUUGGUGUGGGUGGGGUUGUGGUGUGGGGGGGGUUGGUUUGGGUGUGUGUGGGUGUGGGGGGUGGGGUUUGGGGGGUGUGGUUGGUUGGUGUGUGGGGUGGGGUGUGUUGGUUGUGGUGUGGGUUGUGGGGUGGUGGUGGGGUUGUGUGGGGUUGGGGUGUGGUGUUGGGGUGGGUUGUGGGGUGGUUGGGGUGGGUGUGGUGGGUUGGGGGUGGUGUUGUGGUGGGGUGUGGGUGGUUGGUGGGGUGUGUGGGUUGUGGGUGGGGGUGGGGGUGUUGUGGGGUGGUGGUGUGGGGGGGUGGGUUGGUGGGUGGGUGUGUUGGUGGUGGUGGGUUGUGGGGUGUGUGGGGUGGUUGGUGUUGUGGGUUGUGGUGGGGGUGGGUGGGUUGUGGGGUGGUGUGGUGGUUGGUGGGGUGUUGUGGUGGGGUGGUGGUGGGGGGUGGGUGUGGGUUGGGUGGUUGGGUGGUGUGGGGGUUGUGUGGGGUGGGUGUGGGGUGGGGGGGGUUGUGGUGUGUGGGGUGGGGUGGGGGGUUGGGUGGGUGGGGUGUGGGGUGGUGUGGGGUGUUGGUGGGGUGGUGGGGUGGGGGUUUUGGUGUGUGGGUGGGUGGGGUGUGGGUGGGGUGGUUGUGGUGUUGGGGGUGUGGGGUGGGUGUGGGUGGGGGUGGGGUUGGGGGGGUGGUUGUGGGGUGGUGGUGGGGGUGGGUUGGUGGGGUUGGGGGUGUGGGGGUUGGGGGUGGUUGUGGGGUGGGGGGUGGGGUGGUUGUGUGGGUUGGGUGGUGGGUGUGGGGUUGGUGGUGGGGUGGGGGUGGGGUGUUGGGUGUGGUUUGGGGGUGGGUGUGGGUGUGGGGUGUGGGGGUGUGUGGGGGUGGUGGUUGGGUGGGUGUGUGGUGGGGUGGUGGGGUGUGGUUGGUGGGGUGGUGGGGGUGUGGGGUGGUUGUGGUGGGGUGUGGGGUGUGGUGUGGUGUGGGGUGGGUGGGUGUUGGGUGUGGGGGUGUGGUUGGGGUGUGGGGUGUGUUGUGGGGGUGUGGGGUGGGGGUGGGGUGGGUUGUGGGGGGUGGUGUGGGUGUGGGGGGUGGGGUGUGUUGGUGGGGUGGGUGUGGUGGGGUGGUUGUGGGGUGGGUGGUGGGGUGUGGGUGGGUGGGUUGGGGGUGGGUGGUGUGGGGGGUGGUGUUGGGGUGGUGGGGUGGGUGGGGUGGGGUGUGGGGUGUGGUGUGUGGGUGUGUGGGGGUGGUGGUUGGGGUGGGGGUGGUGGGGGUGUGGGGGGUGGUGGUGUGGGUGGGGGUGGUGGGUUGUGGGGGGGUGUGGGUGGGGGGGGGUGUUGGGGGGUGGGGUGUGGUGGGUGUUGUGGGGUGUGGUGGGGUGGUUGGGGGUGGGGGUGGGUGGUGGGGGUUGGUGGGUGGGUGGUGUGGGGGGGGUGGGGUGUGGGGGGGUGGUGUGGGGUGGUGGGGGGUGGGGUGGGUUGGGUGGUGGGGGGUUGGUGGGGUGGGGUGGGGGGGGGGGGGGUGGGGUGGGGUGGUUGGUGGUGGGUGGGGGGUGGGGUGGGUGUGGUGGGUGGGGGUGGUGUGUUGGGGGGUGUGGUGGGUUGGUGGGGGGUGGGUUGGGUGGUGGUGGGGUUUGGAGGUGUGGUGGGUUGUUGGGGUUGUGGUUGGGGGGUGGUGGGGGUGGGUGUGGUGGGUGGGGUGUUUGGGUGGUUGUGGGGGGGGGGGUUGUGGGGUGUUUGGUGGGUGUGGGGGGUGUUGUGGGUGUGGGGUGGUGGUGGGUGGGGGUGUUGUGUGGGGUGGGUGGGGGGGUGGUGGUGGGGUUGGGGUGUGUGGUGGUGUGGGGUGUGGGGUGUUGGGGGGGUGGUUGGGGAGGGGGGGGUGGGGGUUUGUGGGGGUGUGUGGGUGGUGGUUGGUGGGGUGGGGGUUGUGUGUGGUGGGGGAGUGGGUGGUGGGUUGGGGUUGUGGUGGUUGGGGUGGGGGUGGGGGGUUGGGUGUGGGGGUGGUGUGGGUGGGGUUGUGGUGUGGGUGUGGUGGGGUGGGGUGGUGGGGGUGGUGUGUUGGGUGGGGGUGGUUGUGAGUGGGGGUGAUUGUGGGGGUGUUGGGGGGGUGGAUGGUGGGGUGGGGGUGUGGGUGGGUGUUAGGGAUUUUGGGGUAGUGGGGUGGGGGGGGGUAGAUGGUGUGUGUAUGGGGGUGUGGUGUGUAGGAGAUAUAUGGGGGUGGGGGUGUGGUGGGGUGGGAUGGGGGGUUGGUGAGGUGGGGGUGGGGGUGUGGGUAGGGGGGGUGGUAUGUGGGUGUGGUAGUGGGGGGUUGAUGGUUGGUGGUGGGUAA